AUGGCACUAACAUCUCCAAACUACUCGCAGUCACAAUCGUCAAGCGCUGACGAACGCGGCGACGAGCUAAAACUCGGCGGCGCAUGGCGGCCGUUUGUCGUCAUGCUUCUCCCCACGCCGCCUCAAAAUGCCUUGCCUGGCCCAAGGAGAAACAAGCCCAGCCCAGCCCAGACCCAGACUUUCAGCCCGCCUUCGGGGUCCUCCUCGUCCGCAAACCCCCCAUUUUGGCGAAGGGAACACAAAAUUCAAGCCACUUGCCUCUUUCCUCCGCCAUCCUCCCCCCUCCACGCCCCCUUCCCUCCAAGUUACCAUCUUACUCGAGUCCCGAUUCCAUGGCAUCGUGUGCAAACUCAAAAGAAAAGAAAAAGGAGAAGCACGCUACCCUACCUCCUUUCAAAAGCGAACAUUGAAACGAAAGGAACCGGCCGACCCCUACUGCAUCUUACGCGCGUAAGCUCUAAGCCAAGGCCGGGAAACACAAUGGCACUGUUUGGUUGCGACUCUCUCUCCUUUUCCCAAAGGAACAAGGCUGAGCUGGGCGAGUAA